UCUGGUGCUCCGGAGCGGGUCGCGCUUGGUUUAUCCUGGCCUUUCCUGGGCUGGUGCGCUCUGGGAUGAGCUGAGGGAUCGUGGGACGGCCGCGCUGGGACUGCCAAUCUUGCUUUGUGCUUCGGGCUGUACAGAGAAAAGGAGUUUCGUCCAGAGAAAGGCGGGUAGUCUCAUCAGUCUGAAGAUGGCAACUCUGAUCUUUGUUGAUCAGGAGAACAGUGACCUUCCUGCUCCCAAGAGUCACCUGAAGCUCCCUUCAGGAUCUUCAAAAGUCUUAGCUGAAAGAACACAAGUUAACACUCCCCUUCCUAAAAAAGCAAUCGGUACUUCUCCAGUCGCAUCUCGCUCUGUCAGAAAGGCUCUUGGAAAUGUGAAUAAAGCUGAAGGAGUCACGAGCAAGAGGGAUAACCUGAUACAGAAAAGUCAGCCUUGCACUGUGAACAAAACUGGAUUAGAAAGCUGCCAUACAGUGGCUGAAGAAGAUUGGCCAGAAAUAGAAAAUAUGUUUCCUUUGGAUCCUGAAGAAUUUGAGUGUUUUGAUCUUCCUGAAGAAGACAAACUAAACAUCAACCUGUGUGGCAUUCCCAUCAUGGUAUUUGAGAGGGCAUAUGACAGAUAUGUGAACAUGGCUUCUUCACCAGGGAAGACUGAAGAGCUUUCAUGGGAAUCCAACUUGCUACAAUCAACUGCUGACUUCCUUGCUACCCUUGAUGAGAUCAUUGACAUGCCACCUCCAAUUUAUGAUGUUUAAUGUGUGCUCUGAAGUUUGAGAUCCAAUUUCAUAUAGUUCUGUAUUGUAAUAAAGGCUAGUUUUACCUAA